UGCUGCCAAUCAGUGUCACACCUAUCAGUGCCAGCCAGCGCCGCCUAUCAGUGCGCAUCAGUGCCUCCUAUUAGUGCCAGUCAGUGCCGCCUAUCAGUGCCAUGUAUCAGUGCUGCCUUUCAGCGCCCAUCAGUGAUGCCUGUCAAUGCCCAUCAGUGCCACCUACCAGUGCCUCCUCAUCAGUGCCACCUAUCAGUGUCCAUCAGUGCAGCCUAUCAGUGCCCAUCAGUGCUGCCUCAUUAGCGCACAUCAUUUAAGGAGAAAAAUCACUUAUUUACAAAAUUUUAUAA